CUUCAAACUUGAAGAAUGAUCUGUGAGCUCUUUGGGCAUGAUGGCUGGAAGCUGGAGGUCCGAUGGAUGAUGUACUGGAUUGUUUUUGCCCUCUAUACUGUGAUUGAAACAAUAACAGAUCAAACAGUUGCUUGGUUCCCCCUGUACUAUGAGCUUAAGAUUGCUUUUGUCAUAUGGCUGUUGUCUCCCUAUACCAAAGGAGCAAGUCUAAUAUAUAGAAAAUUCCUUCAUCCACUUCUUUCUUCAAAGGAAAGGGAGAUCGAUGACUAUAUUGUACAAGCGAAGGAGCGGGGCUAUGAGACCGUGGUAAACUUCGGGCGGCAAGGUUUGGCCUAUGCAGCCACUGCUGCUGUCACUGCAGCAGUGAAGAGCCAAGGAGCAAUAACGGAACGUUUACGAAGUUUUAGUAUGCACGAUCUAACAGCUAUCCAAGGGGAUGAGCCUGUGGGACAAAGACCAUACCAACCUCUACAGGAAACAAAGAAGAAAAGCAAAUCAGUCUCUGGUGAAUCAGCAGGUUAUGGAAUUCCACUGAAAGACGGGGAUGAGAAAACAGAUGAAGAACCCGAAGGGCCGUAUUCGGAUGAUGAGAUGUUAACACACAAAGGGCUUCGAAGAUCGCAAAGCAUGAAAUCUGUGAAAACUGUGAAAGGUCGCAAAGAGGUGCGAUAUGGGUCACUAAAAUAUAAAGUGAAGAAGAGACCACAGGUGUAUUUUUAGUCACCUGCACCUCAAGAAUCCCAAGACAAGUUGUAUUAAUCCAUCGACUUCUUCUAACACUAUUCAGGAUUUACACAUUAAAAUAAUACUUUAAAUUGUGGCGAUGGUAGGGUUUAUUUCAUCAAUUUGAGUAGCAUUUCUUUAGCCAUUACAUUCAUUUCUGACUACUCCUGGUAGUUAUGCAAAGUUUGUUUAUAUAUAUGUAUAUAUCUCUCAGAAAUAAUAGAAAAUUAUGUUACCUGUUUUCAAAUUCUUCAACAACAUUGAGUACCUGGGACAUUAAGAUGAAACACAAACCCACAGUAUACUUGAAAGGAGUCUUUUUAUGAUUUAAGAUACAUCAGCCUUUGUGGUAUUGUAUUGUGUUUACCUCCAUUUAUAUUAUGUCUAUCACAUGAGGAUAGUAAUUAAUAGGUUCUCAUCCAGCAGUGAUAGGACAAGUGUAUAAUGUAAGAUACAGUGUGUUUUAUAUAUUCUUCAAAUUUUUACUUUUUAAAUACUUGCUGGUUUAUCCACCAACAGCUGAACGUUUUUGAAACAAAUAUUUGAAAGCCAGGUCUCCACAUAGCACUUUUAUUCCUGACUAGUUUUGCACACUUGAAAACUGUUUACUUAUUUACAACUGUACAUUUAUUUUAAGCUUUAUUGACACUUUAUUGUUAUUUGUCAUAUCCUGAUAUGUCACAUUUAUGCCUUGAAUUUCAUCAUCUCUUUUCCUGUGGGUUUCAUUUGUUAAAUUUGUUAGGUUGUAAAAAUAUGAAACUAUACCUAAUUGUUCAACUUUAUUUUUAAUUCUCUCUAUAGGAAGCCGUUUUAGACAUCAGCCAGUUUUCCAUAUUUAGCCCUAUAUUGGUAGUCAAACUUAGCAUGUUUUUGUUAACACUGGUGACAUUUUAAGCAUUUAGAACUCAUAGCUUUUGUGAAACAGAGUCACGAAAUUAUCCAGCAGUGAGUCCAUUCGCAAGUUGGCCUGUGUGUGCUGCUGAUUUAUAAAUCUGCAUUGACUACAUUUAAAUCCCUCGUCUUUCUGGCUGAGAUCAUUUCCUAAAGAUGGAUGCCAAUGCAAAAUGUUAAUCUUACCUGUUAGAAACUAUUAGACUAGAUAUCAGAAAAAUGUUUUAAUCCAAGAGAUUUUGAGUUACUAAAUGUGGAGGCUUUUUAGGUUGCAUUGAUAACUAUGCAUUAACUCUGUUUCUGGUGGUUGUUUUAGCGAUCGCUAAUCAAAUGCAUACAGUUAUAACCAUUCAGAUAAUUUACUUGACUGUUCUUUUUGUCCAAAAGAGAGUACAAUGAGCGAGAUUGGGGAGGUCUUUGACCUUUCUACUUUUUAAGAAAUGAAACCAGCUGGCAGUGUAUAUUCAGGACCUCCUCAGAGUGUUGGCAGAGGACAGAAUGUUUACUUAGGAGUAACUUAGUUUAAUUCAUACGUUUUUCUUGAUACAUUUUCUUACAACAUUUUCUAGACUCGCUCACAUUCUUGAUAUAGAACACAAAGAAAAACUUCCCUCAACUUCUCUUCUCUGAAAGUUUAAUUCAGUGAGUAUCUUCAUCUACUUUUCCGUGACUAAUUUUUAGCCUUUUCGUUUUCUAAAAAGACUCUUUUAAUUUGUGUUCAAAAUUCCUAGGAAUCCUCAUUAUAAACUCUUGGAAGAGAGUUUUUAUUUCAUUGCCUAGUCUUAGACUUACCGAUGUAAAUGCUACACCAUGUUUGUCUUUCCUACCCAAAGGCAGUGUCAUCUCAAAUUGCCUGACAAAGUCAUGUAAGUGACUUUAUGAAAACAUUACCUCUGGGGCUGCUCUGCGCCAUUUUAUGUUUUCCAAAACUAAUCUGAGUAUUAAACCUAUUCUGUAAUUAUAGUAAACUCAUAAAUACUGCUCUAAAUCAGAGGAAUUAUUUGUCACUCUACGCUCCUACAAAGAAAACAUUUACUCAAAGACAACACCAGUCACAAAGCGGUAACAAUGCCUGUCCUUCUUAAAUCUCUUUCUCCACACAGUGCUCCACCCCAUCUAUUUCUCCUCUUAUGCUGUUAUGUGCAGUGGAUGUCAUUUUUGCUGUUCUAUCAUUUCCUUUUUCUCCUUUCUUACAUUUCUGAGAUUUUGCUGCUUUUCUCUUGUGUGUGUUUUAGCAUGCCCUUUCCUUUGAACUCUGUAUGAUAAGCUCACAAAUCUUAGCCUCUUUUAAGGGGGAGCAGGCCAUUUUUUUUCUCUGCUUUUGAGUCCACUGCUUUUAAAAGAGGGAAAUCUGUCUCUAGGCCACAGUGCCUUGCUUUCCCACCACCACCAUUUGGUGAAUGGGCAUCAGAUGCAGCACACGCCUAUUUAGGGCGCUGUUUUGGUAGCUGUUGAAGAAGCUGUUUGAAGCUGUUUAUGCAGCUGGUGUUUUAUUACAUAUUCCUUCAACUCAUGCAUUAAUAUUAACUGUUUCCAGAGGUUUUCGAUGUGACAAUUGAUCUAUUCGGUUUACCAUGCUUUUUCUGGGAUAAAAAAAUGAGCCAGCAGUAUGUCUUAUUGCUAAGUAAUUAAUUACAUAAGCCAUCCUAGGCCCUGCACAAGAUUCCUUCCGCACAAUUCACUAGUCCAUAUAUGUAUGUGGAUUUGGCUAGAAAGUGGUAAAUGUCAGCAUUGCUAAUUAUAAGUACUUGACUACACAGAUUGAUGGAACAAAAUUAUUAAAGUGUCUUCAGGGAACUAAAUCUGUAUGUCACCACCAAAGAUUUCUACAGUGUUAUAAAAUAUGUAAAUAUUCCAAAUUUCUGUAAAACACUGGUUAGAUAAAUACGUUUUCUUUCAUUUCUUUUUUUGAAAUAACACAGUUCAAGCUUCUGUAAUACUUGAACUUUUGUUUAAAAUAAUCCAAUAUUAUCUUCUAUGAAAUAUUAGUAAUGUGUAUGUUUAAAUGGAAUGAACUAAAUUUUUAUUUUGAUUUUCUCUUACCGGGAAAAUUAAGGAGUUAAUAUGUAUUGACAGGCAAUUUUCCUACAUGUUAUCCUAUAUAGGCUGGUUCAUUGGCAAAGCAAUUAGGUGAUUUUGAGGCGAUCAUUGUUACCCGGGUAGGCAGUGUAUAUUUCUUUGUAAACAUCAUUUACGUUUACUUAGGUUUACUAAGUUUUACUGAGUAAAACUUUCUGAAGGAAAAUAUGGCUUUUUCCUCUAAAUGUUUAAGACUUCAUCUACUAGUAGUGUCAUACAGAUUUAUUGUAUAUUAACUUUCUAAAAACUAACCAUGAAUUAAUAUUUUCACCUCUAACACCUCUUAAAUCUGUGUACUUUAAUCAUUAAGAGAAAGCAGUUUUAGAAUUUUUUAAACUCUUUGUAAAGGCUAUCUUUAGGCCUAGUAUGGGGGUAAUUUUACAGAUGUGUUUUUUGGAAAAUUUAAUAUAAAUAAACUCAUUUUAUUAGUGACAA